AUGGACAGAUGUUUUGGCAUAUGUGUCGUGUCAUCGUGCCUCCUCAACUUCCUCCUGCCCGUCUCUAUCGUGUAUGCAGGGUACGCCCUGACCUGCAUCAUUCGACUGGCGCAGGGGCUCGUUGAGGGGAUGUUGUAUCCAAGCUGUUAUGACGUCCUCCGAAUUUGGUCACUGCCAGAGGAGAAGAGCAGGAUGGGAGCCACGGUCCUCACAGGUGAUAAUGCUGGCCAUGGUAAAACAUCAAUUUUAUGCGUCUCUAGGAAUUCUUUAGUGGCUUUGGAUUGUAUGAAUUGGAGCAUUAUCAUGUUGAUAUAUAAAUUUUUCUCUAUGCCUGAGAAUGUUGGUGUCCUUGAAGAAUUGACAGCUUUUCUUAUUAGAAAUGCCUUUGUUCUUCUUGACGAAGGUAAUGUUCGCGACGGUUCGAACUCAGCGACGGUGAAGCAUAUUUAA